AUGACAUUCAAGCACCAUCAAGAUUCUGUAACUGGAGAUUUAAUUCUUUCCUCACCAGAAAUUGAACAUGCAGGCAUUUCAGCACUGAGGUCUAGUCUCAUAGGAUUCUUUGUACACAAAAGUCUUCAUUUUGGCCUUAUCCAAACCCUCUCAACUAAGUACUGGAGUGACAAAGGUCUUCUCAAGGUUACAAGCUCUGUCAAAGGUUUUUUUGAAUUUCACUUCUCCUCUUCAGCCAUGUGUGACCUUAUUCUGGCUGAAGGACCAUGGUUCUUUGCUGGUAAAGCCAUUACACUCAAGAAAUGGGACCCCGAAUUCAGGUACAACCACCAUGUCUCCUCCUUACCUAUUUGGGUCAAGAUCUUUGGGCUUCCUCUGCAUUACUGGACUAGUUCAGGAUUUAGUCUUGUUGUAAGUGCCAUCGGUAAACCCAUUUUUGCUAACAUCUACACAGAGGAAAAAUCCAAGACCAGGUUUGUAAAGCUUUGUAUUGAGAUCAACACUAACUCCCACUUCCCUGCUACACUGAACCUACAGCUUAACUCAGGGAUAAUGGCCUCAUUAAGGUUUGAAUACCUGCACUGUCCUCCAAGCUGCUCAUUAUGUCAAUGCUUUGGACAUAAUCUUCAAACCUGCCCUUCCUCACCUUCCAAAACCCCUACCCAUUCUCUUCACAAUCCCAAUGAUUGGCAAAUUGUACCAUUCUCCAGGAAUUCCCAUGAAAAUCACACCCUUCUCACUCAACCACCUCAACCAGCCACCCUUAAAAACACUGUUACUCAUUUUUUCAGUGAUAAUGACAAACUUGUCAUUAACUUUACUCCUCUGAGACCUCUUGCUACUUAUGAUGCCACAUAUAAGGCCCUCAUUAUUAAGGAUACAACAUCUAUUCCAAACCCUUUUUCUCCACUUUCUGACACUGAAGAGAGCACAUCAGGCUCAGAACCUACUACCACAUUACCCACACCUUCUGACCCAAGCUCCAGUUUACAUAAACCACAAACACCAAAAAAAAAAAAAGAAGAAAUCCAUGAACCAAUCAGCACCAAACAGAGGGAUCAUCCUCCCAUGUGGAAAGCUCUUUAA